AUGAUGCCCGUGGGCACAAGGGCGCUACUCGCCUCUACGAGGCAGCUCCUCAGGCGACCAUACUCGACUGCCAAACCCCCGCCGCCCUCAGGGUCAAGCGGCAACGGCAAUGGACACGACAGCGCCGAGCUCACCGGUGCCGCAAAGCUCUUUGCAGAUGCGAUGCAGGAGGAGGCCGCAGAAAAGGCGAACGCGACCACAAAGCGGGACAGCUCUCGGGACCACCUCGUGGCGGACCAAGGGCCGAUCUGGACCGGCGACGAGUCGACGCAUGACGCUGUGCUCCGCAUGCUGAUGGACUCGCACAAGCCGCCGCGUACCGGCGAGGGCAUCAAGCCGAACGCGGCCGACGAGCGAAUCAAGGCCUGGAUGAAGAACCUGGACAUGACGCCGCGCGAGCCCGUCGUCAAGAACAAGGACGACAUCUACCUGCACUCGUCCACGCCGCUGGCCAACCCGCACCGCACCAAGAUUCCGCCGCACCUGCACAAGCCGUGGCACGCGACGUACACGGGCGACAACACGAUCGCGGCCCCGCCGCAGGUCAAGUACGGUGCCUUUGACAAGAAGCGCAUGAGCGAUUUCGACAAUAUGCUCGAGCUGAAGCUCCCGCCAAAUGCGGACGGCACGCGCAAGGCCAAAGUCCGGGAUGCGCGCAAGACGCACCUCCUCCAGGGCCGCCUGGAGGGUGCGCGGGAAGGCUCUAUCGAUUACAGGCUCGGCAUCAAGGACGGCGACGCGACGAAUCUCGGCGCCGAGGGCGAGGAGGACUAUUCCUCCUUCCGCGGGAACAGGCAGCGGCGCGGCGCAUCCGUGCUCGGCGCGUCCAAGGGCGGCGCGAGCGGCAUGCGCGCGUGGGACGGUCUCAUCGAGGAGCGCAUCCAGCGCGCGAAAGGUGGGCUUUGGGUCAUGCUCUAUCGGCUGACAUCAGACGCCGGCGCUUUCAAGGUCAACAGCUUCCGAGCUGGCCAUCCUGGAGGACGAGCUGACAGCAGGAACCGUAUCGUGAAGCGCCAGGGUGCCCUGCCUCCGUGGAUCGAGCUGCAGAACCAGGUCGAGAACGAUCUCCGCAACUUCCGCAAUCUGCUCAAGGACUCGUACGUGCGCCAGGUGGCUCGCAACAUUCUCGCAACGCACACGAUCCCAACGCUCCCGCCCAAGGACCGCAUUCCCGGCCGCGACGAGGCAUGGGAGGCGCGCGAACACAGCUUCCACGAGGAAAACGUCCGCCAGCUCAACAACCUGAUCCGGAAAAUGAACGCGCAGGCACCGAUGCCGAGCCGCAAGGGCCUCGUCGUGCUCGAGAAGGAACUCGAGGCCGUGCGCGGCGACGUGCUCCGCGAUGCCGUCUGGGAGAUGGUCCAGAAACGCGCCGCAGACGCCGAGAAGGAACCGCAGAUCAAGAACUCGCCAUUCCUCCGCUCGCUCGACGGCCCGCCGAACCAGCCCCAGGGCCGCAUCGGACGCGCACUCGCGGCGCUCGGUUCCGGAGGUAUGGGCGGAGGAGGUCAUGUCGGCUACAACGGGUCCAACACGCUGUCCUCCCCCGGCCACCAGCACAACCAUCAGGCUGGUGGUGGUCUUGGCCUGAUCCUGCUCGUUACUGUCGGUGUCGCUGCCCUGCUCUACUUCAAGAAACCCGUCCAUGCGCAAGAGUUCCACUUCAACAACGACCUGAUCCCCGUGCGCGAGGACGAAGAAGAAGAGGAGCAGUACCCGAUCUCGUCGCCGAACGAGGAGUUUGUCGGCGUAAUCGGCAUGAUCCGGCGGUACAUCAUCGAGCCCUUCUUCACGUUUCUGCGAUUCAUCCACCUUGCCCUGCUCUUUGGUCCGGUUAUUCUGACCGCGCCCAUGCUGAUGGUCGGCUCGACGCCUCGGAAGAGGGGUCGUGGCGCGGUAGCCGAUGCGGAGGACAACUGGGGUGCGCUGUGGUGGUACUCCUUCCUCGUGCGCCAGAUGGAGCGUGCAGGCCCGUCCUUCAUCAAGCUGGGCCAGUGGGCUGCGUCGCGAACGGACUUGUUCCCUGCCGCGCUGUGCGAGAAGAUGUCCAAGCUGCACUCGAACAACAACCCGCACAAGUUUAGCCACACGAAGAAGGUCAUUGAGCGCGCGUUCGGCAUGCCCAUGUCCGAGAUCUUUGAGGAGUUUGACGAAAAGCCGAUUGGGUGCGGCGCCAUUGCGCAAGUGUACCGGGCGAAACUGCGGCCCGAGAUUCUGACCAAGACGCCCGCCGAGGCCGAGCAGCUCGUCGAGCGCAUGGCGGACCAGACGGGGGACGAGCGCAUCGUGACGUCUGUGGCGAUCAAGGUGCUGCACCCGCGCGUGGCCAAGACGGUGCGGCGCGACAUUGCCAUCAUGAGCGUGUUUGCAAACUUUAUCAACAUGUUCCCGGGCAUGGAGUGGAUUUCUUUGCCCGAGGAAGUCGCCGCUUUCUCGGGCAUGAUGACGCAGCAGCUCGACUUGCGCGUCGAGGCGAACAAUCUCGACACGUUCCAGAAGAAUUUCGCCAAGCGCGGCAAUCUUGUUACGUUCCCGAAAGCCAUCCGGCUCGACCGCGGCAACGGCGACCCAGACUAUCAAAAGGACGUGCUUGUCGAAGAGUACGAGGACGCGCUGCCUCUGAAAUACUUCUUGAGCAAUGGUGGGGGCCCCUUUGACGCCGAAAUGGCCAACAUUGGCCUCGACGCGUUCCUCGAGAUGCUCUUGCUAGACAACUUUACGCACGGCGACCUGCACCCGGGCAACAUCAUGGUGCGCUUCGUGCAGCCCGUACAGGGGCACAUCAUCGGUCCCUUCCUGCAAAGGUUGCAGGGGAAGAAGCCGCCAAAGGACAAGGGCAGCGACAUUCCGACCGAAUCCAAGUCGGAAACAGAGCUCGUGCAUGAACUAAAGGGGUUGGCGCACGACAAGGACGCGUGGCUGAAGCGCCUCGACGAGCUGAAUGAGCAGGGCUACAUCCCGCAGCUCAUCUUCAUUGACGCGGGUCUGGUGACGUCGCUCAGCGAGAAGAACCGGCGCGACUUUUUGGAUCUCUUCCAGGCCAUAGCCGAGUUUGACGGCUACAAAGCCGGCACGCUCAUGGUCGAGCGCUGUCGCCGCCCCGAUCUCGCGAUCGACGAGGAGCUCUUCGCGCUGAAAAUCCAGCACCUCGUCCUGAACGUGAAGUCCAAGACAUUCUCGCUGGCCAAGAUCCGCAUCUCGGACGUGUUGUCUGCUGUCCUGACAGCGGUUAGACAGCACCACGUCAAGCUCGAGGGCGACUUUGUCAACACGAUCAUCUCCAUCUUGCUCCUCGAGGGCAUCGGCCGGCAGCUGAACCCGAACAUGGACCUGUUCCAGAGUGCGCUGCCCAUCCUGCGCCAGCUCGGAAAGCAGAUGGGCACGAGCGGUGAGAUUGCCAAUGUCCCCAAGGGCAACCUCUGGGCCAUGGUCAAGGUGUGGGUCUGGGCCGAGUUGCGCGGCACGCUCGGCCAGACAAACGAGCUGGACAAGUGA